AAACCGCAUAAGAUCAUUAUACGUAAAGCUGAAUGAUCAAGUUGAUUUAGGUUAAAUAAUACAUUAUCGUAAACUGCUAAUUUGACUUGAGACUAAACGCAUGAUUUUCGUACAGGUGCUGUGGUAAUUUGUAGCACAUCUAAUCACGCCAUCAAAUGUCUUAGGUCCAUAUGCUAAUUUUUACAAUAAUACUAAUCUCAAAUGAGUAAACUGGCUAUAAGCGCCUAACAAUACAACGGUUGAACUUAUUGGGAACUGCAUUACAUUGAUAGCUAAGCUCCGUCUCCUACAUUUUUGCCUGUUGUUGCCUAGUGCCUACUCUCUUCAGCUUGCUCUUCCCAUGCACACGUUUUUACUAAUUUUUUAUAUAAUUUCAGUCAAAUAUGUAAUCUUGUUUUUCCCCUUUUAAUUUACUUUUAAAUCCAUUUAUUUUUUUGAAAACUAUUGCAAUACUAACUCCUUUGUUAAUAAAGCAUUAAAAUUUUAACAUUUAGUUAGAAAAAUGGAGUCAGCAACUGAUUCAUGCAAUUUCCACAAUGCGUUUCUGAUACCGCUCUGAUUUACAAUCAGCACUUGAGCCUAAACUUUAAAAUUAUUCAGACAUGCCAACAAUGUGACAGAAUUAUGGAUAUAGAUUUGAGAUUUGUGGUACUUUUGAUUCAUAUGAUAAAUUUCAAAAACAUAAAAUGUUGAAAGAAGAGCCACCUACGUAGCAUGAAGUAAAGAGAGAGAGAGAAAGUCUUAAGGAGAAAGAAACAGAGCAUCUCUUUCUCUGUCCAUGUUCACAAUAAACCCAACACAACUCUGUCAAAAAGCUUCACACUCUCUUCUCCUUCCCCACCUCUUUGCUCCCUCUCUCUCUCUCUCUCUCUCUCUCUCUCUCUCUCUCUCUCCCUUCUCCAUAAAAAGAGCAUCACUCUCUCAGAAAGUUCCAACAUUUUAACACACUCAAAGCUUUAAAAAAUCUUCUUUUCUUUCAAACAUGACUUCUGAUCUCAACGACUCACGUCGAGUAACUAUUAAACUUCCUCACGGAGGAGCUGCGGCGGAGCAGCAAGAGCAGCUCCCUUGUCCUCGCUGUGAAUCAACCAACACAAAGUUCUGCUACUACAACAACUACAACUUCUCGCAGCCUCGCCAUUUCUGCAAGUCUUGUCGCCGUUACUGGACUCAUGGUGGUACUCUCCGCGACAUUCCCGUCGGUGGCGUUUCCCGCAAAACCUCUAAACGCUCUCGAGCUUUCUCCUCCGUCGCCCCCGGAAGCCGAAAUUUCCCGUUACAAGCGACGCCUGUUCUUUUCCCUCCGUCUUCCUACGGUGGCGGGAAGGGAAACACGUCGUCGCUCUACGGUGGUUUCACCACUUUACUCGGCAACAACGCCGCCGCGAGCAGAGAUGGGCCUGGUGGUGGUUUUAAUGGGCCGGAAGGGUUUGGACUUGGGCUUGGUCAUGGGUUGUAUUUAGAUGAGGUCAGGUUUGGGCAAGGGAUAACGGCCUGGCCGUUUUCCACUGGAGCCACUGAUGCUGCUACAAGCCAUGUGGUUCCAAUACACGCGACUUGGCAGUUGGAAGGUACUGAGAACAGAGUCGGGUUCGUGGCUGGAGACUACUUAGCAUGAGACUCACAUCAGCUUCUUCUUAGCUUUUAGUUCCUACUCUUAACUUUCAGACGUUUAUGGUUAUUUUUGGUUAUGACGUUUAUUUGGUUUUUUUUGCUCUAGUGUUCAUCCCAAAUUUGGUAAUAUUGGAUUAGAAGUAUCCACUUUUUUUUUUUGGUUUUCAAAUUAAAUCAUCUAUGAUGUUAAUGAGGGUUUUCUCGGAGGCAUUGCUCAAGCAGAUUCGCAUCUCUCUAUUUUUUUCUCCGUAAAAGUAAAUCAACUUUGGAAACAUUAGGGAGAGGCAAAGUGUUUACAUAUUUACACACGAAAUGCAUGUAGGAGAAAACAUAGUGUUGACUGGAGUUAGGCUGCAACCAGUA